AUGGACAUCAUGACUUUAGAUGAUAUCAAAAACCUCGAUUACAAUACCUUCGAUGUCACUAGAUUAUGGAAGGCGGGAACAUUUAAAACCGUAACCGUAGGAAGAUUAGUGUUAGAUGAAAUACCAGAUAGCUAUUUCAGUUCUACGGAAAUGAGUGCAUUCAUCCCUGCCAAUUUAGUGCCUGGCAUUCCUGGACCCGCCGACCACAUGUUUAAAGGACGAAGACUUGCCUAUCGUGAUGCGCACAAUUAUCGUUUGGUUAGAAACCAAAAUAGAAUUGAUGUAAAUUCGCCAAAAGGCCGUAUUUUGACUUAUACACGCGAUAGCGAUCCUCCUGUAAGAGAAAACAUAAGAGAUGCUCCAAGUUUCUUUCCAAAUUCUUUCAACGGACCAGUGCUUUAUAUUGAACCAAGUCAUCCUAGCCAAAAAUUGGUUGUUUAUGACAAUAAUAUUGCAGAUUUUGGGAUGCGUAGUAUUUUUAUAACUACAUUCUGA